CCACCAAUAUCAUCAUCCUCUCCGUACUCCAUGUAGAGGGGCAAGCAUGGAAGGUGGUGAAUUGCAACCUGCAGUGAUUGUGCCACUGCAGGUGGAAGGCAACGAAUACAUUCACCGAGAUGACGUUAAUAAUGGUCAUGACGGCAAUGAUAAUUGUAAUGACGAUGAUGAUGAUGAUGAUGAUAACAACGAUGAUGACGGAGGCAAGUGGGAUCGGCUUCGCAGCAGCGUUGGUAGCGUUGGGCACGGCAGUAGUGAACAUUUGCUCGUCCGGAACGACGGUGAUCGCGAUCGCGUUCGAGAGUGCAUUGAAGACUGCUGGAUCACGAGUAAUAUUUACGAAAACGUUGUAAAUUUCGAACCGCAAUUGUUAAACUGUGAUGGCUACGGGAAGCUAAGAAGAUGUGAAGAGAAUAUUUACGAGAAUAUUUGCGAAGAUUGUGGUAGACUAUACAAUGAAGAGAAAUGUGCAUUCUGUGCGGUAGAAGAAGAUGAAAUUGAAGCUGAUCGAACGAAGAAAGCCAAUAAGUACAGUGCAAAGUUUCAGGAAUUUUUCGGUAAUUUUCGGUUCAAACCGAUCCGGUUUGGCGGCAGUGGAGGAAGUAUUGCAGCGGGUGGGACAAUCCAGGGGAAGCGCAAGCUGUGCAAGAGUGACAUUGUGCACAACGUGAACGGAUUCGAGGAUGUCUUUCGCACAAACAAAUCAUUCGACCUCGGCGAGAUCUGUCGGAUGCGUGAUGACACCCGCUCGGAACUGAUUGCGGCUGUCACUGCGAGUUCGCCACCGCAACAACCGACCGACGGCUGCGGCGGCGGCGUCGAUCGAGUACCACCACCGCGGCACAAAAGUGAAGAUCAUUUGGCAUCGGUGGAGUCAACCACUGCUGGCGUCUUGAAUGCAGAAGUGCAAUCAACAGCGCACCCAACGACGACGACGACGGUAACGACGGCCGCAGAAGAGAAAGGCCUGGGACUGCAAGUGAGAAGUGCCAGUGAAAACUUGAUCGAUUUUUCCACGCCAGAAAGAAGAAAUGAAACAAUUUAUGAAAAUUUACUGGCCCCAAAACGGCCCGAAUCAGCAGCAGCAGCAGCAGACGACGGCGAUAGCGAUGGACUGCAAACGGCCAGCCGACGCCGGAUUCCGCCUUCAGUUAGUGACUGGAUGAUGUCACUGCUGGCGGGAACUGAAGAUUAUGGCGAUGAUUUUGAAGCGACUUAUCACGUGAAAAGCAUUCCGUCCAUUACGUUUAAUGAUGUUAGUGUAGUUAGUUGUUGGCGCACAAGUGGCUGUGGAAAAAAGUGGUUAAACUGUGGGAACGGACACGGUAUUGAUUAUAAGAUUGAAGAAUUUCGACAGAAUUUAAAAAAUAAUCGACGUAAUAAAUGUGGCCAAUCGGAACGAAGGGAAUUGUGUGAGCCAGUGAUAAUUUCCUUUCGUAAUUCAGUUUUUGAAGAUGAAAACAUUGAUUACUCCAAUUCGCAGAAGGCACACAACACCGCGGGGGAGAAGUGUGAAGACAGUAUCUUUGGUUCGGUGAGUGUUUUUGAUUGCAUCCAUAAUUUGGAAGAGACGCAAAACGCACGCCAAAACACUACCGUUGAUGGUCCGGACGGUCGGGCAAAUGACGUGAUAAGGCCAUAUCGGACACAGGUAUACGAGUCCGGCAGUGCGGCUGUGGUUGAGCGGUUAUCGCCAGGCAAACAACACUCAGCAGCGAGAGUCGAUAGUAAAAAACGCUUACUGAUACGAAAACAUUUACUGGUGAUUAGUUUGUGUCGGGUUGUGAUUUCGUACGAACGUCGUUUGAAAGUGUUCUGGCUGGCGGCAGCAAUUCAGAAAGUAGUGGCGCAACAGAAGCGCCGAUUAGUGUUGAAUAAGCGCCGGGUUUACCUCAGAAUAAUGGCUCAGGAAUGCCAGCCCGUGGCCAGCGCUCUGCGCGAAUCGGUUGAAAUCGACAAAUAUUUCCGGUUCCUGGAAGGCAACGAAACUAUGAUUAAUUUGGCGGCGACCAAGAGGCGCCGCCGGCGGAAGGGUGCCCUCAUCAAUCCCGAGCUACAAAGCAAUUCGUCCAAUGAAAUAAGCUGCAGCAGUGCAACGAGCGGAGUACAUUCCGACAGCGGAAUUGGUCCUUCGGACGAGCAUAUUUACCAACCAAUUUGGACCUGCAAAACAGAAGGAUCCGAACCGGUGUACGAAUCUCCUCAAGAGCACAUUUACGACUACAUCAAAUUAAACUCCGUCGUAAAACCCCGUGAUGAGCACGAGUGGUUGGUCGUAAAUGAUUUUUCGUUUUCCAAAAGUAAUCGGAGGCUGUCCGGAAAACUAAAUCACCGACCACCACCGCCAAUUCCAAACCGAAACGUACGCCAUCCGUUGGAUCAAUGGAGGAAUGUGUGCAUUCUGUACAAUCCUUCAGAGUCAAGGAACAACCGGAUAGUGUACGAUUAUCGGCGUGAUUAUGUUUUUGACUAUCGCCGUCCAACGAAAGAUGACGUCCUUUCGGCGACAGACUCCGGUGCGUCAUCAUCGGCCGACGAAGAGGACGAGGAAGACGAAGAUGAACUGGAGUUUUGUGACAGCUCGGCAGCAGGAUCGGACGACGAUGACGUGACCGUCGGUUCCUGCGAAGCCCGAAGUAAACACAGCUGCUACGCGAUACCGGAUUGCGUCCAGUACUGGAAAUUUAUGCUGCUAAACGUGAACUACAACGACGACGAGGAAGAUGUGGUAAUGACUGAAACUACACUAGCUGUGAUAGCAGAGAACAUCGAUAAGAGCCCUCCGAUACUAGAUGGCGGUCAAAGUCCAAAAGUAAUCAACCAAACACCUUCGUCACCUUCCGCAAUAAUCAUACAAAACAGUCCUACCUUCAUCGGUUCGGCGGUAAAAAUUCCUACCAAAUCGCAAAUUGCCACUGCAGACAGCUGUCCAGGAACGUACAAAUCGAAAAGUAUAGAAAACCUACCGGAUGUCAGCCCGCAGGAAAAGGAAAAAUCACCGUCGGCCAGCAAACGGGAGCGAUUGCGAGACCGGAUGAAAGCCGUUCUGCCGCUCAGUUCUUCGCGAAACACCGACGAAACGGGACUGGUGUUUGGCGUCGAGCUGGACCAGGUGGAACGAGACGAAAAGCUGCAGAUACCGCGGUUCAUGUCCGAAGUGAUGGACAUCCUCAAGGAGACCGAGUACAUCAACACCAGCGGGCUGUAUCGGGCAUCGGGGAAUAAAAAUUCCAUCGAAAACAUCAAGAAGAAACUGAACGAGAAGCGCUCGCCGAAAAAGUACGAGUUCCUGAAGAAGCAGGACGUCCACUCGCUGACCGGUUCGCUGAAGCUGUUCUUUCGAGAGUUGAAGUCUCCGCUGAUACCGAGGGAAGUCUACGAACGAUGUGUUCUGAGAACCAAAGAUGAAGCCGAAACCAUUGAUAACAUCAAAUUAGGUCUAGUUAAGAUGGAACCCAUCAAUAGGAAUACGCUGAAGUACCUUAUUCGUCACCUGAAAUUUGUCCAUCAACAUAGUGACAUAAACAUGAUGAACUCAUCCAACUUGGCCAUCGUGUGGGGUGCAUGUCUGUUUGCCUCCACGCUUGGUCUGAUGGAAAGCUAUGAAAACAAUGACUUAGGGAGAAUUAAUACGCUUGUGAAGCAGCUAAUCGAUAACUAUGAUAAGAUUUUCUAGAGUGGUAGCAGGCCAAAGCAUUAGCCAAACAUCCACAAUGGCAUCUUUUAUAAGAACGUUAAAAUGCAUAAUUUACAAGUUAAGAAUAGA